AAGGACUAGUUGAUCGAAAAGAACGUGAAAUAGCGCCCACGAUGGACAUGUGUAGCUCACCUUGAUCCAGGACAUUUCUCGCUCAGACCAUGCACCUUCGAAACCUUGCGUCACACAAACCAUGCUGGCGACUCCAUCAUCGGCCAGCAAUGGUACGUCCAAAGGCGAUGAAAGCACGACGUUUGGCAUCACAUGACGGAAGACGUUCCACCACGUUCACCGGCGGCAUCCAAACCCCCAAUCAAGUAUCGCCCCGACAUCGACAGCCUCCGAACGCUCGCUGUUGUUCCGGUCGUCCACUUCCACGCGUACCCACACUCGAUCCAAGGCGGCUUUAUUGGCGAAAACCCCAAAGGCACGUUCACGAACGCCGACUUUUACUCGCGGCGCAUCCGCCACAUCAUUCCUGCCUUGCUGCUCGUCCUCACGUAA